AUGACUGCCGAUAUGGAGAGCCAAGGCGAAUAUGAUGAGAGUGGGCUUCCUGGCCCUGGUGCCCCGACCCCGCUCUCUGCGCUUGAGGGAAUUGCAGGAUUGACUGCGAGGGACAUCAAGCUGUUUGUUGAUGCUGGAUUUUAUACUGUCGAAUCGGUUGCCUACACACCAAAACGCGUACUAGAGCAAAUAAAGGGGAUUUCAGAGCAGAAGGCUACCAAGGUGCUAGUGGAAGCUGCGAAACUGGUACCUAUGGGUUUUACGACUGCGACAGAGAUGCACCAGCGACGAAGUGAACUCAUCUCCAUAACGACAGGAUCUAAGCAACUAGACACCCUGCUCGGCGGCGGUAUCGAAACAGGCUCAAUUACCGAGCUCUUCGGAGAAUUUAGAACAGGCAAGAGUCAAAUUUGCCAUACACUUGCGGUGACUUGCCAACUGCCUUUUGACAUGGGUGGUGGCGAGGGCAAGUGUCUCUACAUUGACACCGAGGGAACAUUCCGACCGGUCCGCUUGCUUGCGGUAGCCCAGCGGUUCGGACUUGUCGGGGAGGAAGUCCUGGAUAAUGUCGCCUAUGCACGAGCCUACAACUCGGAUCAUCAGCUGCAACUACUGAACCAAGCAUCCCAAAUGAUGUGUGAGACUCGCUUCUCGCUUCUCAUUGUGGACUCCGCAACUGCGUUAUACCGAACUGAUUUCAAUGGCCGUGGAGAGCUGUCCUCUCGACAGACCCAUCUGGCUAAAUUUCUGCGCACGCUACAGCGUCUCGCGGAUGAAUUUGGCAUUGCAGUUGUCAUCACAAACCAAGUGGUUGCCCAGGUUGACGGUGGCCCGAGUGCAAUGUUCAAUCCUGACCCCAAGAAACCGAUUGGAGGCAAUAUCAUUGCCCAUGCCAGUACUACGCGACUCAGUUUGAAGAAGGGCCGAGGCGAGACUCGUAUUUGCAAGAUUUUCGACAGUCCCUGCCUGCCAGAAAGUGAUUGCCUGUUUGCCAUUAAUGAGGAUGGCAUCGGUGACCCCAAGGAGAAGGACCUGGAGAAUGACUAA